AUGUUACUGCAAUUUCUAAUACAGCUUAGCACCAAGAAACUGGUAAGCACCAUGAAGAUUAUUGUAAUAUUAGCGACUGUUUUGGCGGCGGUGGUGGCCAUCCCUGCUGAUACAUACAACCCUGCGUACGAUAACUUGAACGUUGAACAGAUAACUGCCAGUGGUCGUCUUCUCACAGGCUUUAUAAAUUGCUUUCUGGACAAAGGACCGUGCACGCCUGAAGCAGCUGAUAUUAAAAAGGUCAUUCCUGAAGCUCUAAGGACCAGCUGCGCGAAAUGCUCGCCCAAACAACAACAAUUGAUCCGUACAAUAAUUGAAGCUUUCCGAACCAAGCUACCCGAGCUUUGGAAAGAACUUGUCAAGAAAGAAGACCCCAAAGGAGAAUACAAAGAAACCAUAGAAAAGUUCCUGAAUUCAUCUGAU